AUCGAGGGACACAUCAAGAAUGGAACCAUUGUCCCCGUGGAAAUCACGUGCAAGCUGCUCGAGAAUGUUAGUGAUUACGAGUUAUUAUCACGUGAUUGCAUUGCUAUGAACGAACGUCCCCAAGCGAAAGGCUUCUUGGUGGAUGGUUUCCCGCGUAAUCAGGAUAAUUUCGAAGGGUGGAUGCGUGAGAUGGGCAACAAGGCGAAAGUGCAUUUUGUUCUCUACUUGUCGUGUCCGGAAGAUGUGUGCACGUAUCGUUGUCUGCAUCGUGGCCAAGGGCGUACGGAUGACAACGAAGAAUCAUUGAGAAAACGCAUUCAGACUUAUCAUAAUCAGACCCUGCCGAUUAUAAAUCACUACAAGGAGUUGGAUUUGGUCAGGGAAGUGUCAUCGGUGGAUCCGCCUGAUCAGGUUUAUAUUUUCAAAAAUUUCCUCUCUGACCUGAAAUUUCUAUCUUUUCCGCCUCAUAUUUUCUCAUGA